AACGCCUGGAGCAUUCAUUCAUCUUAUCAUUGAGCUAUUCUAUUUCUUAAUCAUCAAGAUUAUAUUUUUAUUUUUUUAUUUUUGUCCCUGAGAACCUAAAGAUUCUUGAUUGAUUUACAUCUUGCAAAAAAAGUAUUCUUUCUUCCGCAAAGAUUCUUUGAGGACUAAAUGCACCAAAAGGGCACGCUCAGAUUUUUUAAGAGAAUUUGUGAUAUUUCUGCAUCAGCCAUUGCUGUGGAGUUAAUGAGGUCUAUUUUCAGGUAGAGACUUCGUUGGCUGUCCUCUGGUUAAUUUAUCUAAUGGGCUGGCUUCGCAAAAUCCUCAAGUGUUCGGACCAUAAAGUUUUGGAAGGGCAUUCUGAUUGGAGAUAUGGAGCGGAUACUGCAGAGACUCCUCAAUCGGCUUCAUUGAAUUCAUGGAGAGAAACCGAAGAUAUAGACCAUGCUGUUGCAUUAUCGCUUUCAGAAGAUGACCUAAAAGGAAAAUCUACAGCUGAGAAAGAGCCACAACUGGAUGACAGUGAACAAUUGGCGAGGGCCCUUCGUGAGAGUUUGGUUAUAGAUUCUCAACUGGAGUCAUGGAGUAGAAAUGAUACUGGAAAUGGAUAUGGAUAUGGAACUGGAGUCGAAUAUGGAUAUGGAAACGAUAACUUUUACCAACCUGUAACAAUCCCUUAUUACACAAGCUUAAGGAUCUGUGCUGGCUGUAAUAUGGAGAUUGGCCAUGGAGGAUAUGUGAGUUGCAGGGAUGCCCUAUGGCACCCACAAUGUUUUAGAUGCCGUGUAUGUAACCAACCGUUAUCUGAUUACGAGUUUUUCGUGUCUGGUAGCUAUCAUUAUCAUAAAACUUGCUACAAGGAGUCUCAUCAUCCAAAAUGUGAUGUCUGCAGACACUUCAUUCCGACAAACGCAGCUGGUCUUAUUGAAUAUAAGGUGCAUCCUUUCUGGUCCCAGAAGUACUGUCCUAGGCAUGAGGAUGAUGGCACUCCUAGAUGCUGUAGUUGUGAACGAAAGGAGUCAGCGGAGGAAAUAUAUGCUGCCCUUAACGACGGCCGAAAACUCUGCUUAGAGUGCCUGGACUCAGCAAUUAUGGACAUUCACCAAUGCCAGCCCCUUUUCUACGAUAUACAUGAGUUCUUCAAAGGAUUAAACAUGAAAUUGACGCAGAAAGUUCCCAUUUACUUGGUUGAGAAGCAGGCACUGAAUCAAGCCAUGGGAGCAGAGCAGCAUGGUCAUUAUCACAUGCCUGAAACUCGGGGUGCUUGUGUCACCAAGGAACCGACAAUCACCAGUCGGCCAAGGAUGAGAGCUGGAAAUCGAGUCGUGGACAUGAUAACAGAGCCGCACAACCAUUGUGAAGUGACAGCAAUCCUCAUUCUAUAUGGUCUUCCAAGGUUGCUGACUGGAUUGAUAUUGGCGCAUGAGAUGAUGCAUUUAUGGUUGCGACUUAAUGGUUUUCGAGGUGUGAGACAAGACGUGGAAGAGGGUAUAUGUCAGGUCAUUGCGAGCAUGUGGCUGGAGUCUCAGAUCCUAUCGAUGUCUGAUAACAACCAUGCAUCAACCUCACAUUCGUCAGGAUCAAAGACUUCUCGGUUCGACAAGAAGCUUAGCAAGUGCUUCAAAUAUCAGAUCGAAUCAGAUCCUUCUGAGGUGUAUGGAAAUGGUUUUCGAGCUGGCCACAAAGCGGUCACCAAGUUUGGGCUGCAGCGCACACUCGAUUAUAUUCGAAAGACUGGAAAAUUUCCUCACUAAAUAAUGGAUUUUAUUAUCAUUUUUAUGAUUGAUUUUGUGAGAUUUUAGUUUAGUUUUUUUUCUUCAUUUAUUUGCACAGGAGUUUUUAGAAUAGGUCUUAGUAAUCAUUCGUGAUCAUUCUAUUGUAUAGUUUUUUUGUAUAGGUUUCAUUUCACACGUACAUGAUUUAUCACAGAUAAUAAUAAAUUUCAGAUUUCGGGAUUUUAGAA